AUGGCGCAACCGCAGCGCAGCAUGCGCUUUGCGCUGCCCAAGUAUGUCAAGGAGGAUCUACAGACGGAUCCGUACCGGAUCCAAGAGUAUUUACAGGCGCAGAAUGCUGAGAAUGUGCUGCGCAUGGCAUGCACCGCGACGGACUUGCAACUCUUGCCCCUCGUGCAGGAACGCGUCGAGCGCGCUCACAUUCCUGCACAGAUCCAGGCGGCGCGCGAUGCAAAAGACGAGGCGGUGCUUGCAUUGCAGCAAACAGAAUCAUCUUUGCGCAAUAUGGUGUGCGCAGCGCUCGGCGAAGAAAGCAACGAGGACGAUCUUGCACAAACCCUCGACACAUUUGUCCAGCAUGCGGCCGACGCUGUCCCGCGCAUGGCCGAAGCGGACGAGGUGGAGCAAAAGAAGCUUAAUGCAGGACUGAUUUCUGCACUUUCUAUAGCUCGCGCUUGCACGAAAUUACUCGCCGAAGCAGACGAGGCUUGUGCGGAGGCCGAGGCGGCGCCGCGCGAUGCAUGCGUGCAAAUCACGACGCUUGAGCGGCUUUCUGCUUUGCUUGAGCAGGUGCCGUAUAGCACCCUGGAUACAGAUGCUACUGUGCUGCAGCAUGCGCGCGCUACGUUGAUCCUGCGUCGUGACACACAUUACAAAACGUUGGAAGCACAGUAUCUCGAAGCACUUCGCGCUGUGCUGCGCGAGAUGCAUUGGCCACUACCCGAGUUUCAAAAUCCGGAUCACGGGCGCGAUGCAGCACCGGACGUUACGUACCUCGUCAAUUCCACAGCGCUGAAGGAUGCGUGGGCUGAUGUGUGCGAGUUACAGUUCGCUGCCGCCUCGCUUGGUUUCGAAGCAAUGCCGUCGUGUGCACGGCAUUUGCCGUCUGUUGCACGUACAGAAAUGGAUGAAGAGGUCUUUGCGCAGCCGGGGUCUGACUCCUACGUUCCUUUGCUUGCUGUCAAGGCGUUCAUGGACCCAGUCUUGCUGCGCUUUCGCUUUCAUUUCGAUGGCGAUCGGUCAACCAACCGGCUGGACAAGCCCGAAUGGUUCUUGAGCCAUAUGUUACAGCUGAUCCAAAUGAAUGCACCUCUCUUCAGUCCCGCUCCAGACCCAUGGACGCAGGGAGGACCCGUCGCUGAGCUCACUCGUUUCCGCCGUCCUUCGCCGCACACCCAAACAGUCCGCGCGCGGCACAUUGAUUUGGAUACACCGGCAGAGCUCUUGCACACGAUGCUGUACCCAUUACGGAAAAAGAUCGAUGCGUCCAUGCAACUGCUCGUGCACCAACCGGCACUCCUCGCCCACAACAUAUUCCAGUACCUCACCUUUGACACGGAUCUGCGCGAAGUGUACAAGCCGACUGUGCUCGUUGCGGAUGGGCGCGGUGCUGUGCGGCUUGCCGACCAUGUCCUCGGGAACGAUACUUGGUUCCAGGAAUGGCUCGAUGGCGAGCGCGUGUUUGUGCAGCGCCGCUUCGAGGCGCUUUUGGAUGAACCUGGUGCAUGGUCUUUGGUCCAAGCGGAUACACUCACCGACGAGGACGAGCAGGAUGUAGGGUCUGCGAUGGAGAGUACGGCGUUGAGCGAUGCUCCGACAACGACGCGCUGUGCGGGGACGCUGAUGCGGAUUCUGCUUAGCGUCACGGAACGUUAUCAGCCACUGCACCUGUUGGGCCAGCGCUGCGCAUUUGUCAUUCAUGUACAGCGCCCGCUCUUGUCCAGCUUUCAUACGCGUCUCGCGCGCCACUUGGAUGCUAUCGAGAAUAUGAAUGGCUCGUUUGCUAGGGCUAUCCCAGGAGAGAUCACGUCGCUGGCAACGAGCUCGGCGAACGAUGCCGUGCGGGGCACGAAUGGGAUUGGCCGCAUUGCCAAGGCGUUACUUUCGGCAGCGUAUGUAAAGCAGCAGCUGGAGGAGUGGUCCGAGACAUCCUUCUUUUUAGGGAUGGGCCAGGAUAUUGCAUCACUGGAUAAGUCGUCCCCAUUGUACAAAAUUAUGCUGCCGUCACACGCAUCCGACGAAUUGGAUUCCGCCAGCUUGAUUUCUGCUUUGAAAUGGGGGAUCCAGCGGGGGGCGAGCGCUGCGGCGACACUUCGUCCGUUGUCUUUGCGCACGGAGCAGGAUUCGGUGCAAGAGACGGGCGAUGUGCACUGCGCGGGUGUAUGGGACGCAUUUAUGGCGCAAUUUGGCGAGAUUGCACACCGCUCGGAGCGCGAUUUAGAGCGUUUGGUCGUGUCCGAAGUGCUGGAGCAGCUCAAGCCGUAUAUUAUGCGCCGCUGGGACCGGGAAGAUCAAGUGUCUAUUCCUACAGAUGAGGAUGAAGAGGCAUCUGAAGAAUUGGCGCGUGAUACUAUACCAACACGCGAGCUAUUGCCCGCAUUGGCGAAACUCGCGUCUCUUUUGGAGCACUUGGUCCGCGUGCUUCCUCCUGCCCAGCUUCUACCAGUAUACCGACAGAUUGCGAAUGCAAUCAGCAAUGCUGUUGUUGACCGCAUUUUGAUGCCAAGUGUGUAUUGCGACGUUGGCUUACCUACAGAUGCACGCGUUACACAACAAUUUGCGCCUGGACAGGCUACACGUUUCCAGCAAGACGUACAACAGGGAUGGAUGCAUGUUGUGCAGGGGCUACAAGCACUGCCAAAAAUUUCUGCGCGCCGUGCAAAGGGUAGUGCUACUGGACUGGGUCGUAGUCCUCAGGCGCCAUGGCGCAGGCUCGUAGAAGCGAGUGAGCAGAUUUAG